GGUUAAAAGAGUUUGUUUUCUGAGCAUAAAUUUAUCUCAUCUCUGUUAGUAAUUUCAUGCAGAAACAGCGAACAAACCUCUUGGAAAUGAUAAUUGCGAUUAGGGAAAUCAAAACAAAACAAAUAUAAUUUCAACAAAAUUCUUGUGUGAAUAUCCAUAGUGUUGAAGUAGUUGAAAUAUACUUUUAUAUUUUUUAUGUGUGUGAUCUUAUAAUUUCUUUUCAAGAAUCAUGCUAAACAAUGAAUCUAGAAGCCCGCCUAUUCUAGGAUUGAAAUUGUCUGUUUUCCCAUUGAAAUUUUGCAAAUAGUGAUGAUUAGUGGGUAGAACAUGGAACAGGUCAUUUCUCAUCAAAAUGAUGGAAAAGAGAACGAUUCCCCAACGAAGGAUAAACUAUUUGAUCCUUCUGUUGAUAUGCUAGUGAAUGAUUUUGAUGACGAAAGGACCCUUGAAGAAGAGGAAGCUUUAGCAGCAGGUGAAUCCCAAGAUCCAGGUGCUGAACUGUCGAGCUUGCAGAAGGAAAGUAAUAUGCCUUUGGAACAACUCCUGGCUCUGUAUGGGUAUAGAGGAGAAAAUCAAGAAAACGAAAGUCCUGAAGAGGAGGAAGGGGAGGAAGAAGUGGAACUGGCUGAAAAUUCUGGGGUAUCUGAACAAAUGGAAGAACAAGAAAGUGAAUCCUCCCCUCCUGAAGAGCCAUCAAAAUUGAGGGCUUUAUAUGAACCCAUACCUGAUAAUGAUCAAGAUGCUUCUCGUUUACUUCGCUCUGUUUCCAGAGUGAGUGAGGAGGAAGAAGAGGAUUAUGAUUACAGCCCAGAUGAAGAUGAAUGGAGAAAGGUCAAUAAGACCAUCAUGGUAGGUAGUGACUACCAAGCACAAAUACCAGAAGGUCUUUGUCACUAUGAUGAUGCUCUUCCUUAUGAGAAUGAAGAUAAGCUCUUGUGGGACCCCUCAGUGGUCUUAGGAGAAGUUGUUGAAGACUUCUUGAAAAAAGCAGCAGCAAUUGCUAAACCUCCUAUUCCCAUGGGUACUCAACUGAGAGAUGAUGAACAAGCUUUGUACAUGCUCCAACAGUGUGGACAUAACAUUGAAGAAGCACUGAGACGUCUCAGGAUGACUUUACCUGCAAAUGCUGCAGAGACAAUGAAUGAGUCACUCUGGUCUGAGGAAGAAUGCCGGAAUUUUGAGUCUGGGGUUAGAUGUUUUGGAAAGAACUUCCACAAGAUCCAACAAGAUAAGGUACGGACCAGGUCUGUGGGUGAACUAGUCCAGUUCUACUACCUCUGGAAAAAAUCCGAGAGACAUGACAUAUUUGCCAACAAAGCAAGGCUUGAGAAGAAGAAGUAUGCUUUGCAUCCUGGGCUCACAGAUUUCAUGGACAGGUUCCUAGAAGACCAAGACAGCCGAGACAGGAGUUCCUCUCCAAAUGUCCAAUGCAGUGGAAACGGCAAACCGCCCCCAGAUAUCUGAUCUUUAUUAUAUAGCUACUGGGUGUACAAGAAUCCAGAUUAAGACAAAGGUACAAGUCAUUUUUGUGUACCGUUUUUUGUAUUCUCAUAUAUGCAAAGCAUUAUUUCGUCAAUGGAGACUGAGGCCAAUACUUGCUGUUCAAAAGAUUGGUGCGGAAGGAUCCAUUGUGUUAUAUGAUGUGCAUGUGAUAUAGUUUUUGAAGUUGAAACUAAGCAUGGAUAGCAAUAUCAAUUCAAAUGAUUCAAAUUUUAUUUUAUUCAGAAUAUUGACAUAUCUGUAAGGAGGUUUGAUCAUCUAGUGGGCUUCUUCUGGCACAGACAGCUAUAAUUAUUGAAAGAUAAAUUAUUACAAUAGGUUUGCUCUGCUUCCAAAUAGAAACAGACCAAAACCAUCAGUUUCACAUAACUGUUGGCAUGCUUUCGAUGAUUUCAGACUAUUUUUUAUUUUUCGAACGAGAACAAACCUAUUACUGCGCAGGUCGGGACUAUCUGAUGAAACUAUAAAAGUAUACCAUACAAUUUUAUGAGUGUUUCCUUUCAAAACAUUUUGAACCAAUUAUCGGAGUUUCAAGUUUCAUGUUUCAUUUAGGUAAACUCUUUAGACAGACCAUCAAUCUUGAAAUAAACUAAUUUUCAACAUGAUCCAACAUGAGAAAUGAAUUGAAAUUGUAAUUGUUUAUUCAUACUGUAUUUACAAAGAAUGUAUAGGUAGAUAAUUCUAAUGCAUAAUCUGUAUGAC